CUCAAGUGCAGGACUCUGACGAAUUCCAGUUAUAGUUUUCAACGCGGUGUAUACUGAUGAUACAAACAAUAAUAUAAGCUGAAUUUACUUUCUGUAGAUGAAUGCAACGAGUAAUGUAUAAGUUCUUCCUUCCUGCGCAGCAGCACAAACCUCCAGAUGGAAAGCAAAGGAAAUGGAGCCACCAAUCCCAACCCAUCCGAAGAUUCAAACCAACCCUUAAUAUUGCCUGACCUCCCCUUUGAAGUAAUCACCGAGAUCCUCCUAAGGCUACCAGUCAAAUCCCUUUCGAAAUUCAAAUGCGUUUCGAAAUCGUGGCUGUCCCUAAUCUCAAGCUCUCAAUUCAUCAAAGAUCACCUCUGUGCUUUCAGCUCAUCAGAAGAUGGAGAACAACUACAGCUGCUCACUGUGGGAAUUGAUCUCACAGAUUGUUAUCUCAAAGAUUGCUCUCUUGCCUCUUUGUUGCAUGAACGGCAGCCUGCAAAUGCAGCUGAGGAUGAAAUUGAUUAUCCACCUAUUCUUCGACUGAGUAGGUACUUUAACGUUGUGGGAUGCUGUGAUGGGCUAUUUUGCAUUGAUUGCAUGAGAACAGGUGUGUUCUUGUGGAAUCCAUCAACUAGAAAAUUCAAGAAAUUGCCCAGUUUUAGUAGCCCAACAGUGGACCUACUUAAGGAGGGAGAUCACUACCAAGUAUGUGGUUUCGGAUAUGAUAAGGAUAGUGAUGAUUAUAAAGUGGUGAAAGUUGUCUGCUCCUUAGAUGAAGACUAUCGUCCCUCAGGGUCUGAAGUUUUAGUUUAUAGCGUAAAGACUGGAUCUUGGAAGAGCAUUGGGGAGUUUCAAGGUGGUUUCCCUAGUGUGGGGGACUGCGGCUGUCUCGUCAAUGGGAGGCUCCACUGGGAAUUGCAUAAUGCAGGCUGGGAUUUCAACGUUGUUUUUCUUGAUUUAGCAACAGAGACGUUCGGUUCUCUUGACUUGGCACUAAAAACAAAUGGAGGGACAGGGAUAUCAGGCCGCAAUGGUUUUCGAUCUGAUUUGGGAACUUUUGGAGGGAGUCUUUGUUUCGUUUGUAAGAAUUAUAGGGAUCAUUUUGUAGAGCUGUGGGUUAUGAAGGAAUAUGGGGUUGGAGAAUCUUGGACCAAGGUGCUUAGUGUCCCGGUUGACAAGACAAGUCUUGUGUUUAGGGCACUGUGCAUUCCAGGCAGUGAAAGAUUUUUGGUGGAGCUUAAAGAUGAACUCAGACUCUAUGAUCCAAAAGAUGACUCCUUCAGGUUCCUCCCACGGUCUGGUAUUCAUACUGUUCUUAGAAUUUAUGUCCAAAGCCUGGUUUCCCCCAACCCAAAUGCAGCUGCAGAGAUGCAUCAACAACACUAGUAGCCAAGAAUAUUCAAUUUUAUCAAUAUUUGGGUUUUUUUUUAUUACAAUUUUUCAAGACCUUAUGUUUGAUGCAGUUGAGGAACUCUUUCUGAAGUGUUCUUGCUUACAAGCCCUUGAAUGAUGAGAAAAGACUUCAGGGGAAUAUGUAAUGAAGAAGAUGUUACUGGCUGUUUUCUUAUCCUUAAACUCAUUAAUUAGUCCAACAUGAUGGAUAAUAAAUUUUUCUUGCUUAGUGUUUAAUUUAAGUGCAGGGUAUAUCCUGGUGCCAAGUUUACAUGUAAGUAAGGCAGCUUUCUGAAUCAAUAAGGUGGAUUGACCUC